AAAACAUGUUUAACAGAUUUAUCAGCAAAAUAACCAGAACCCAGUUGGAAACAGGGAAGUUUGGGUUCUACCUUUUUACCCCUAUUUUGGUGAUGAUAUACUCAGGUAUAAACUCAGAUGAGAAGUUUAACUUACCAGGAUUCUGGCCUGAUCCUGCCACUUUGAACCAAAUCCCCAAAGAAAGACACGAAAUCCAGGCAGAAAUAGCUAGAAUUAGAAGGGAGAGGGAAGAGAAAAGAAGAAGAUUGGAGGAAAGAGCCAAAGAGUUGGGUAUCACCGAAGAAGCUUAGGUCUAUUAAUGAUUUUUACUGUACAUAUGAUGAAAUAUACUUGUUUAUAUUUGCUAUGACAUUCGGAGUGAAGGAUGUGAGUAGCUACUUAUUUUUUAUGUCUGGUGUUGGCUCUUGUGUUCUUGUCGACUUUGAAUCGUCUUCAAGUUAGUCUUCAAAUCUUCAACUGCAUCUUUCAGAAGCGGUAAGUAUCCUGUCUGUGAAGCCUCGAUAAUCCUAAUGAUCAGCUGGAGGAGCUCUUUAUCGUUGAAGCUUUUACCGUAGUUCUGAAGAUUGCUGACAGAAGAAGACUUGUAGGUUAUACCUGAGAAUACCCUUGGGAACUGUACAGGCCCACUAUACGGAGAUGAGGAGGCAGAAGAUGGUAAAGAGUCAUUCCAUUGACUGCUUGGAGUUACUGCAGGGAU